CAAAAAAAAAAAAAAAAAGAAAUCUGAAAGCAUGAAAUUUGAUGAGAUGAAUUCUGGGAAGCAAGUAGUCACCCCAACAAUAUAAGAACCCCCAAGAGCAAGAAGUGAAAAUCGUACUCGAAUUCACGUCUCCACCGAGAAUAACACAUUAGAUUACAAGAAGCUAACAAACCAAACCCACACACUUCACUAACUCAUAUAUAUAUAUAUAUAUAUUCAUCUCAUUCUCUCUCUCUCUCGUUAGGGUUUUCCCCCAAUUCUUGACAUGGCGGAAGUUAUCAACAACAUUCCCUCUGAUUCCCUCGACAAAUCCUCUCCCCCUCCUCCUCCGCCACCUCCUCCCUCCUCUUCUGCCGCCGAUUCCGAUCUCCCUCCGCCAAUUCAUCCGCCUCCCAACUCCUCCUACCGCCGUAGUAGGGACCGCAGAGACGAUAGAGAUUUUGAUCGUCCUCCUAAUCGCCGCGAUUACUAUGACCGGAACAUGUCGCCGCCGCUGAGAGAUAGAGACAGAGACAUCAAACGUCGCCGUAGUCCCAGCCCUCCGUAUCGUGACCGCCGUCAUUCACCACUUCGACGGUCCCCAUCAAGACGCUCACCUCCUCAUUACAACUACAAGCGCUCCAGGAGGGGAGGCAGUCCUCGUGGCGGUUAUGGACCCGAUGACAGAGGAUAUGAUCAUUAUGAUGGUCAUGAUAGGGGUGGAAGAGGUGGCUAUGAUAGGGGUGGAAGAGGCGGUUAUGGGCGAGGUGGAAGAGGUGGUUAUGCUGAUGACAGGUUUUAUGGCAGGUUUGGACAUCGCCCUGGAGCAGGAUAUCAAAAUGGAAUCUCUGAUAUGGAAAACAACCGUGGUUAUGGUGACAUGCCAAGUGGCGGUGCACAAAGAGAAGGGUUGAUGUCCUAUAAGCAAUUCAUUCAGGAGCUUGAGGAUGAUAUACUACCAGCUGAAGCAGAACGUAGGUAUCAAGAAUACAGAUCAGAGUACAUUUCUACCCAAAAAAGAGCUUAUUUCAAUGCUCAUAAGGAUGAAGAGUGGUUGAAAGAUAAAUAUCAUCCAACAAAUUUGCUUACAGUCAUUGAAAGGAGGAAUGAAAGUGCUCGACAGCUGGCAAAGGAUUUUUUGCUUGAUUUGCAGAGUGGAGCAUUAGAUCUAAAUCCGGGUUUAAGUGCCUCUUCAUCCAGCAAAUUAGGACAAGCAAGCGAGCCAAAUUCAGAGGAGGAAGAAGACGCUGGAGGCAAACGAAGAAGACAUGGAAAGGGUUGGAAUAAAGAAAAUGAUUUCUUGGCUGCUCCAAAGGCUAAUCCUAUAAGUUCUGAGCCUAGACGGAUACAAACAGAUAUUCAACAGGCUCAGGCCCUUGUUCGUAAGCUUGACAGAGAAAAGAAGAUUGAAGAUAAUAUAUUAUGCAGCAGCGAUCAUAAUAAAAAUGAUGAUAAGGCUCACAGUGGAUCUGUGGGUCCCACAGUAAUUAUACGUGGCCUAACAUCUGUUAAGGGUUUAGAGGGUGUUGAGCUUUUAGACACAUUUAUUACAUAUCUGUGGCGGAUUCAUGGUGUAGAUUAUUAUGGCAUGAUUGAGACUAAUGAGGCUAAGGGCUUUCGCCAUGUGAGGCCAGAAAGAACAGGGCAUGGAGAAACAGGUAAAUCAGGGUCUGAAUGGGAGAAGAAACUUGACUCAUUUUGGCAGAGCAGGUUGAAUGGUCAGGAUCCAUUGGAAAUAAUGACUGCUAAGGAUAAAAUAGAUGCUGCAGCAGUUGAAAUAUUGGAUCCAUAUGUUAGAAAAAUUAGGGAUGAAAAGUAUGGAUGGAAGUAUGGUUGUGGAGCUAAGGGCUGCACAAAGCUUUUUCAUGCUGCUGAAUUUGUGUACAAACAUCUGAAGCUAAAACACCCAGAGCUUCUUGUUGAACAAACUUCAAAAUUGUGUGAUGAUCUCUAUAUUCAAAAUUACAUGCAUGAUCCAGAUGCCCCUGGUGGAAAGCCUGUCAUGCAGCAACCUCAGAAGGACAGGCCUUUAAAGCAACGGUUAGGUCUUGAGGGCCGAUUGAGAGAUGAUCGUGGUAAUCGUCGAGACCAUGAACGGAAUGACAUAAUAAAUGAUGGAGAUAGACCUGAUUCCCCAUCCCGUGAAAGGCCUAAAGCGCUUGAGAUGGGAAACCAUGAUGAAACAAUGUAUGAUACAUAUGCAGGGCCUGGUGUACCUCCUUUUGGCUCAGAUAUGCCCCCUCCAGUAUUGAUGCCUGUACCUGGUGCUGGGCCACUAGGACCCUUUGUUCCUGCUCCACCAGAAGUUGCAAUGCAGAUGUUUAGAGAGCAAGGACAACCUUCAUAUGAUCCCUCUGGAAGAAAGAUGCGGUCUGGUACUCACAUGGGCGGACCAACACCAAUAAUUGCUGUUCCUCCAGCUUUUAGACCAGAUCCUCGGCAGAUGCGAAGUUAUCAAGAUCUGGAUGCUCCAGAUGACGAGGUCACGGUGAUAGACUACCGGAGUUUGUAGGUGUUUUUGGGUGACCGGCUUUUUCUAUAAGUUCAGUUAGAUUGAGUGGCCAUGCUGCAGCCUGCAGAGUUGAAAGAUAAUCCUGUUUUUGAUAUUUUUACUGAGAUCAUGCUCUUUUUCUUCUGCGAAUUGUUGGUGAACUGAAACUAAUAAUCUUAUUUUCGGAAACUUAUGUCAAAUGGGAGUAAAUUAUUGCCCUAGAGUUUAAAUUUGUAUAUUUUUUUAUAGAAUGUUCCCAUCAUUGAGGAAUCCUGAGUGCGAUGACUUUACAAUCUCGCCUUCAUCUUGAGUUUGAAUUUAUAAUUUCUCAUCCAGAUUUUAUACUCUAUGUUAAGAAUUAUAUAUAUUAUAAAAGUCAUUACAAAACCAGUUCUUUUCAUUAGCGCUA